AUAUAUGUUUCUCUAUAAAUUUCUACAGAACAAUGAAAUCUCCUCCCACUUUUUUACCUUUAAAAAUUGGAUCUUCCCAGUGGUUUUUCCUUGCAAUAUAACGAUUAUAUUUCACUCUUUGGUAAGAAUUGACCCGAUCUCGAUCCCUGUAUGCUCCUUGCAGAUAAUAAGUGCAGAUCUUGGAGGUGCACUGUUCAUCAUAUGCGACAUGUGCGGUCGACUGUUUCAUGUGCAUCAAAUGAGCAUACUGACUCAUCAUUAAUGUCCAUCAUGUCCAUCUAAAAAAUCUGAGAUCUCGUAGGAUUAGCAAUAUAUAGUAUGGUGCGCACGAUCUAAAGCUAAC